UAAUACAAUUCCAGUUCUGGAAAUUUUGAGAAUCGGUUCAGAUAACAAUACUAUUUACUACUCCCUCCGUCCCGAAAAACAUGUCGCAAGGGCAAAUUUGCAAAAAAACAUCUGGUUUCUCCCGACCAAACCCGCGCUCCCUCGUCCUCCUCCUCCAGACAAAAGCCGCAGCUGCGCUGCUCCCCGACACUGCAACUGCCCUGCUCCCCCGCUCCCCCGCCGCAGCUGCCUCCUGCUCCGCCACCGCAGCUGCCACUCGCCUGCCUCCCCAAGCUUCCCCCUUCCUCAAAAAAACCUUCGAUUUCCCCAGCUACCGCCAUGCUCUGCUCCGGCUGCGUCAGAACCGGCGUCGGCGAGCCCGGAGGCACUGGAUUCGGACCACCACCAACAACCUAAAGGGUGACGAGGCCGACAAGCCCGAUGACGACAGGAGAUGCAGCAAGCUAAACGCCGACGAGCCCAAUGACGACGGCAAGCUAAAGGCCGUCGAUUUGCGAGCCUGGAAGACGACGACGACAGGUCCACAAGGAAUACGAUCGCGGCGGCGUCUUCUUUGCUGUUUCUCUGGUGGAAGACCCGUGCCCGCGACACCGCGGCUGGGCUAUCCACGACACAAGUGGGUCGCACUUGCUCACUUGGCAAUAGCGGUGGCGGCUACAUGUUUUCUCCACUACUGCAGAUCAUCUCCAGGUCCUACUGCCUGGGUCUCAACCUCUCUUCUCUACUCUAUGUUUACUGAAUUUACUCCAUUUUUACUGAAUUUUCUCCACUACUCUAUGUUUACUGAACCACUAGUUUAUGAACCACUUCACUGAAUGUGAGAUGUACCACUGAAUUUCACUUCUGCUAGUACUCCAAGAAGACUAUGCCAACGGCAACCAAGAGGGCUUUGUUGAGUUCGUGCAAUGUUCCAAUUGAGGGAGGAGGUGGUAGACUGUUUGCAGAUGUGGUUGUCUUGAUGAGAUUCAGUUUGAUCAGACCAUCCCAAUGUCACUUUGCAAUUGUUCUGCUUCUUUUCUGAGCAUGGAGCUGACAGUUAUCUGGGAUGAUUGCAUUGCAGCUGCCAUUUCCUGUGGAUAGCUUGUACGCCGACCCCGAGCGCAAGGCUUAGGAUGUCUUGGGCCUGUACCAUGGAUUAGGCCGCACACUCUUUAGUCCAGCCAGUGUAAGCACCAUCACAGCAUAUUUCCCUUCAGAAUUCUGAUCAUGCAACUGUUCAUUCAAAAGCCACUAAAAUGUUGAUCCCUGCGUGCAAUGAAGGCUAAAAUAUACUCAAGGCUCGACUCCAUCAAUUCAGUUAAACUUGGACAUGACUGCAGCCCAUUUAAACUUGGACUACAAAUAUUGGAUGGAUCCAUUUCAAUUGAUAGAAAACUGAAUAUUCACUGUAGUCUCAGUUAACUGAAUUUUCUGAA